AUGAUUUCAGUUUAUCGCCAGGUGUGCGACAGAGGACAAGUAUGCAAAAUUGUAUCAAGUCAAUGUCUGAGAGUACUGCAUCUUAGCUUAAGAUGCAAGGCUGAAGAAGUGAAAUUAAGACAACCUUUCGCUAUUUCAGUCGGUAAUUCACCGAAGCAGUGUUCAACUGGAAAAGAAGCUUUUCCGUUCCUAAAAGAUGGUGCAAAUGUAUUCAUUCAUGGUGGUGCAGCAACACCAACGGUUCUUGUUACUGAACUCUACAAAUAUAUCAUGGCCGAAAAGUUGAAGAACAUAUCGGCUUACCACAUCCAUACUGAGGGACCCUUUCCAAUCACUAAUCCCGAGGCUGCUGAACAUAUUCGAUCUGUAUCACUCUUUACGGGUAGUAAUUGUAGAGAGCCAAUAAAAAGUGGAAGAGCUGAUUAUGUUCCAAUAUUUUUGAGCGAAAUUCCACAACUUUUUCGUAGAAACAUUGUAAAACUGGAUCUUGCUUUGUUAAACAUCAGCCCUCCAGAUCUUAAUGGAUACUGUUCACUUGGUCCAAGUGUAGAUGUUACUCGUGGUGCUGUUGAAUCUGCCGAAUAUCUCGUCGGCCAAAUUAACCCAAGUUUACCAGUCACUCAGGGAGAUGCUCAUGUACAUAUCAGCAACUUCACUUCUGUUAUCCAUGGUGAUAUGCCUUGUCACUGCAUGAAUCCACGUCCUAUGUCUCAAGUUGAGGAGAAGAUUGGUGCACUGAUUGCUGAGAAUUUGAUUGAUGAUGGUGCCACCUUGCAAACAGGUUCCAUUGGAGCGAUUCCGGAUUCAGUCUUGGCCAGACUUACAAACCACCGAGACCUGGGAGUACAUACGGAAAUGUUCUCAGAUGAGGUUAUAAAACUAGUUGAGUGUGGUGUUAUAACAAAUGCAAAUAAGAAAAUACGCCCAGGGAAAAUAGUUACAAGCUUCGUUAUAGGUACAGAGAAACUUUUUAAAUUUAUAAAUGCCAACCCUUCAAUCGAUUUUUGUGAUGUUGCUUGGGUAAACUCAUCAUCGAUAAUAGCUCAAAACCCGAAACCAGUUGCAAUCAAUUCGUGCAUUGAAGUUGAUCUAGCUGGUCAGAUUGUAUCAGAUUCUAUAGGUACAAGAAUCUACUCGGGAUUUGGUGGUCAGGUUGAUUUCAUCCGUGGGGCAGCAUUAGCUGAAGAUGGUUUAGGCAAGCCGAUAAUUGCUCUCACAUCUUCAACGAAUAAAGGAGAAAGUAAAAUCUCUGCAUGUAUUAAGCCGGGUGGUGGUGUUGUGACAACGCGUGCUCAUGCUCAUUACGUUGUGACAGAAUAUGGUAUUGCCUAUUUGUUUGGACGUAGCUUAAGACAACGUGCUCAUGCACUCAUUCAAAUUGCACAUCCAAAUCACAGAGAAUCUCUAGAAAAAGCUGCAUUUGAACAAUUGAACGUAAUGCCAUCACCUGAUUAG